AUGCCGUUGGACCAUACACCGACCAAGCUAUCAGACAGCCACGCGUCUGCUUCAUUGGGUAAAACGUUGUUGGACGUUUCUCCACCGCCUGAAACGAACAUGAGCACUAUCCACGGUCAAUCGACAAGCCAAGCAGCUGCACCCACGGCACCAGCCGCUGUAGAAGCUGUGUCCAGCUACAAGAUACCACCGUUCUGGAAAACCCAACCCAGACUAUGGUUCAUCCAAGCCGAAGCCGUGUUUCACAGCAACCGUAUCGCAUCGGAUCUGGCCAAGUACAACCAAGUCGUUAGCGCUCUGGAUACGGACUCCAUACUGCAGAUGGCCGAUUUCCUACACAAUCCGCCUGAUAAUGAUAAGUAUGCUAAAUUCAAAGACGAAAUAAUAAAACGAUUCACCGAAUCCACAGAUCGUCAACUGCAUCGAGCCCUCACUGAAAUACAGUUGGAGGACAAGAAGCCCAGUCAGCUUUUACGUCAGCUAAAAAUCCUCACAGGCAGCUCUGCAACAGGAGACGUACUCCGAGUCAGGUGGCUCGCACUGCUACCACCAGCAAUCGUGAGGUGCAUAAAGCUCCUUAGAAAUACAACGCUUGAAGAACAGGCAGAGAUCGCUGACGAGCUGAUGGAAAAUCAGACUGGCACGGGCGUAAUGGCCACGUACACCAACCCUAGCCAUGCAGUAGCAGACCGCAAGCUCGCGGAUACCAUCCUUACAAGCCUGGCCAAGGACAUUACCAGUAUGAAACUCGCCGUGGCCGACCUCGCUACCUGCACCAAAGAGCUCACGCAGACUCUCACUCAGAACCCUCCACACCGUGCAUCGCGUGGUCGCGGCCAGCAACGCUCAAACGCUAGAGAGGCAUCAUCGGCGCCCGCCAAGCUGUGUUUCUACCAUCGCAAGCAUGGAGAAAAGGCUAAGCGCUGCGUGUUACCGUGUACCUUCAAAGCCAAUUCGGGAAACUGA